AUGGAGUCAGCCCAGCGGCGACAACUGGCGCCCGAGAAGGUGAUCGAGGCGUGCAAGACGUUCAUAUGCGAUGCCUGCGUCGAGUCGCUCAAGCAGCAGCCUUCCGCUCCACCAGUGUCCCUGGAGAGUAUACAGGCAAAGUGGAAGCGCAUCCAUGCCGAUUUGUUCGAGUGGCUGCAUCCGCGCCUCGAGGAGAGGCUGAAGGCUCGCAUGGUCAUCGAUGAAGGCUGUCGCGUGCGGGUGGCCAAGUGGCUGUGCCGGCUGGAAGGCACUGCGGCCCAUCGGAAUCUACGGUGGGACGAGUUGGGGGGGCUCUACGAGGAGAGAUGGCUUUCCGACAUUGGGAAACCCCCGCGGUUCAAGUGCGACCCGGAGGUAGCUUGCAUGGACAAGGCAGCAGCGUUGUACAUCGACAGGGGCUCGGUCCACCAGGAGGUGAGCCCCGGCCAGGCGCGCUGGUGCAUCUCCAUUGAGGAAGAGGCGAUCAGAUCGACGAGGGCGACCGCGGACGCGCCGCGCGGCCAUUUCUUCGAGCCCGACUUCGAAGAGCUGCCCUGCGUUGGCGCUCAGCGCGUGGACAUGCAGGCCUUGAACGGGAAGAACCAGACGCUCAAAUGUGUGGCCCCUGGCACAUUCGUGAGCUACUGGAAGGAGAAGAGCGAGGUCCGCGGCGCCUGCGAGGGGCUGGCGAGAGCCCUCGCUGCUGCGGCGGCGCGGACGGCCGGGGGAGCCAGCUGGGCCCGCAUCCUACGCGAGAUCGCCUGCGCUGAGCUGAUGGCGGGCUCUGGCGCGAGCGCGCGCUGGACAGUCUCCAAGGCCAUGGGGGCGCCGUUCUCGGCCAGCACAUGGGCGUCGCAGGGGUCGACCCAUGAGGGCGAGGCCUCGUGGGAGAGCGCGAUGGGACCUCCCGCCAAGAAGGCCGAAGUUGCCGACGAGGCGCCGAGGGUGCACAUCCGCGGGAAGGCGCGGCCCGCGGCGGACGGCGCGCCGGUGGCGGAGGGGCGCGAGGAGAUCGCGGAGAAGGCCAAGCCGAACGCCUCCUGUUUCUGGGCCAAGGAGGAGACCGCGAUCGAGGUGUCUGUAGAGCUACCGCAGCAGCUCAAGAGGCUCAAGGCGGCGACGAGGGACAUGGACUCUUUCGUGGCCAACCAGAUCAAGAAGGGGGGGCGUGAGGAAUCGGGGCUCACCGUGACUAUCGAGGAGCCGGGGCGGUUCGCCAAUGCCGAGCAGGUCGAGGUGAACAGCUACAUUGCGGACGUGACCGUAGCUUUCACGCAGAACAGGCCGACCAGUCGGGAUAACAUGUGGGUCAUCCCGGCCCCUGAGCUUGCGAAGGCGAUGGGCGUCCCGGAGGGUGCCGCUGCGAAGCUCAGGCAGGCGGUGCGUGGCUUGGUGGAGGCGGCCAUAGAGUGGUUUCUGAUCGUCUCCGAAGUAGUGGCCGAGCAGGGGUGGGCCCGCGCGAAGAUUGACCCGUGCGCGUGGGUCCUGCGCGGCGAGGAUCAUGGCAAUGACAGGGAGCAUGCCCAGUCGAGUCUCGAGACGUACCUAGAGGCCAGCCCGGUGAAGGCGGAUGUCGCGGCCCGCAGAAAGGCCGGGGCUCAGCUGGAAGCUCGCUGCGACUGUAAGGAGUGGGGGCAUGGCACGUUCUACCAGACGGGGGUGAAGAUCGUCCAGGAGAUGGACAAGGGGUUCGAGAUGGACCAUGACGAGUGCGUCAAGGGCAUCGAGGAGAUCUACGUGAGCCCUCAGGGGGAGAACCAGAAGGAGUUCGCGACCACGGAUGCGGAACGUGAGCUGGCAGUUCAGCAAUGUGCCCCACGCGACCGCGAAGUCAUCAACAAGCUCGUGGAUCGAGUCCGGGAGCAGGCGGGCAAGGGUGUCAUGAUCCAUGGCCGCAAGGGGUCUGACGUCCUCGUGCCCAUCGCGUGGGCCGACUCGUCUGAGGCCAAUCGGCCCGACGGGAGCAGCGCAAAGGGGUUAGUGAUGGCCAUGGCCACCCUGGAGAUCUUCGGUGGCAGCGAAUGUGACGUGGCCAGGAUCAGCUGGAAGUCAGGGAAGAUCGACAGGAUGUGCAGCGGUUACGUGCUCGGCAACGAGAUAGAGGUCACCGCGGAGUGCGGCCUCGCAGCGGCCUGCGUAGCGGUCAAGGAGAAGAAGGUGGACGUCGAGGCGAUGGCCAUGAUGGACGAGAGCGGCCAGGACGGCCAAGGGCUGCUGCGGGUGCAUGACGGCGCCCAGCUCGCGAGCUGCCCGACGAGGGGGCACGGGCCGCGCCGGCUGCGAUUGCAGUGCAAAUGUGCUGCUCGGUGGAAGCUCGUGCGCGACGAGGAAUUCCGCGGCGCGAGGCGCCGUGAGACGGAAGGGGUCGCCCCGUUCGAUUCGGGCAAGGUUGCCCAGAAUGGCAAGGUCUACGACGCGGGUGGACAACAGGAUCAACCGCGCGAGGAGCUCGCGGAUGACGAGACGGAAGUCGAGACAGAAGAGGAGAUAGUCAAGGAGGAGAUCCGCAUUUUGGAGAAUUUCCCCCCGUGCAGUUGGUGA